UUGUCAUGGCUACCGAUGCUGUUGUCUCGGAGUGGGCGGAGCAUCGGGUUCCCAGACUGGAUGGAUGUUUAUCUUGAGUCUAUCGCGACAGACGAUAUCAUUCCAGAGAUUCGAUUACUCUCCCGCACGAGAAUAGACUGAGGGCUACACGGAUAAAGCAAAGAAAUGACUGGAAGAGUAAUUCGGACUUUUGUAACAACUAACAGGAACAGAGACAAUGACGAAUUAGUGGUUCACAUGAAGGAUGGAAUUGGCAGCUCAAAAUAUAAACCUGUUGAUUAUCAACAACUACGAGCAGAAGCAGAGGCCAAGAAAUUAGCAUCAGCAGACAUCCAGCUAAAGAUCAAGAAACUUCAGCAUGCCUCUAAAAUAACAAAAGACCAAAUGCUAAUCAAGCAGCACUCACAGGUGUGGUGGAAAGAGCAGAAACGAUUGAGCGAAAGUAGAGAUAAAGUGGAAUUACAAUUGCAAACGUUCCUUGAAGAGAAAGGAAAAACGUGCCAAUUCUUUGCAGACAUAAUUGACCUUGAACAGCAAUUAUCCGAGGGACGCGAGGAGUUUAAAGCAUGCACAGUACAUCCCAUCUGGCAGCUGAGGGCCGAUUUAAAGCACAGGAUUUGUCAACUGCAACAGCACUCUCUUCACCAUUCCCACAUGGAAAACGACUUUGAUCCAGUGAAUAUUAUGCAGCAGGUAGAAUCUGUUAAGAGUCAACAAAAUACAUUGAUUGAGAAACUUACUCAAGAGCAGCGGGCUUUAGAAGAUGCACUGUUGGAAUAUGACAUACAGGAAAUGAUGGAUUCAGAAGACAUCACACAUGAGUUCAGUGAGGUCCCUGCAGUACUACAGGAGAUAGAGUGCCCGUAUCCUGAUCUAAAGUCCUCCAUUGUAGCGGGAUAUCAGCAGCUGGGUGACCUGUACGUGUCCAAGAUGAGCGAGCUCUAUAUACAAUCCAAAGACACAGACAGAGGCUGCAAGUGGAGUAAAGAAGAUCACUGGAUUUAUCAAUCAAUUAUUAUGCAGUAUCCAUGCGACCUCACCAGUAGAAGGACUUUAUACUUGGAUAUGUUGUCUAGACACCUUCCUCACAAACCAAGACAGGAGUUGGUGGACCAUGAAAAGAUCUGCGACUUGCAUCGCUUCACUAAAGAUCAAAGAAGAGCACUGAUGGAUAGCUGGAUCCGCUAUAAGAAAGACUUUGUCUUCAAUGCGGUAAUGACCAUUGCUGAAGCCUGUUCUGCAUAUGAAACAGAACUCAUUCUGGCAAACGACAGAAAGCGACAGCAAGAGAUCUGCGGGGAACUUAAAGAGAAGGUCAUGCAGUGGAGAGCGCACCAGGACGAAGCUGCUAGAUUAGAAUCUUCUAUCACUGCCAGGAGACAACAAGAGGAGGAACAACGAGAAAGAGAGAGAACAGAAAAAGAAAAGCUUCACAGAGCAGACAAAAAGGAAAAAAUCCAAAAGUAUAAAACUCAGAAAAAACGAGCGUGGGAUGAGUUACAGAGCCGAGAUCAGCAACGCCUAGAGGAACUGACGAGAAUAAUGGCCCAACAAGCUGAGAAAGACAGAGAACGGGUUGUUUACCGACAGCAGAUGUUGGAGAAGCGUCUGUCAGAGAGACAGGAGAUGGCUCUGCAUGAGGAGCACGUAGAGUUAGAGAGACAGAGAAGGCUCCGGGCUCUGCGACAACAGGUUGCUGUAAUAGCUGAAUUUGAUCCCAUCAGAAUGAUGAGCGAGACUAAAGCGUGGAAAGCUAAAAUAGGGAUUGGAGCUGAAGACGAUAUAGUUCUCCAAAAACCACUCUUUGAAUUAUUUACAUACAACGAGCAGCAGAUUGCAUCUGAUCAGAGAGUCCGGGUUGAGAUGGCACUACGAGAGGCUGGACUUCAUACCACCCUAUAUGCUAAGGAAAUCUUGCCUAAAAUCCCUCCACCAAAACCUCCAAGGAGAGAUAUGGAAUCUACGGUUUUUAGAAAAUAGAAUUUCUAUUGUGUUAUUUGUUCAGCGUGAAAUAAUUUAUGGUGUUAUCAGACUUGCCAUUAUAGCCUGGAUUUUAUGGAAGACUCAUCACAUUAUGCACACUGACCUAGCACUAGUCGUACCAUAGAUUACAUUAUGGCUGUGCAGUAAGAAUCAGUUUAUUCAGUGCUAGGAUGGAAAUUGAGGCAUUAUAUGUGAGACGGGCUGACUGGAGGAGACAGCUGCACUGCUCUUGUGGAAUAUAGCAGCUCUUCUUGUUUCCUAAGUGUUUAUUGCCAGACACAGCUAUCAGCACAACAUAAAUUGCUGGAAGUUCUGCUGGCUUCUAAUAAAUAUAUAAGCUUUUAUUCAAUUUAUAUCUCAUAAGACACAUCAAAUCAGGGACUAAUCACUGUCUUAUUAUCACCUAUAGUACAAUAGUUGGCAGUGCUGUAACAAGUGUGCAUUUCUGAAAGAAAGCAUGAGACUUUAACCACUUCAUCUACACAUAUUUGCAAAUAUUGGGGCAGAUAUAUUAAACCGGAGAAGUGAUAAAGCAGUGAUAAGUGGAAGGUGAUAACGCACCAGCCAAUCUGCUCCUAACUGUCGAUUUACAAAUUGGUGCUGACUGGCUGGUGAGUUAUCACCUUGUAACUUAUCACUUCUCCAGGCUUAAUACAUCUGCCCAAUUGUUUUAGGUUGGGCCCAAAGAUCACUGUCGCCAUUUACAAACUAUAGUGCCGCUCAUUCUAAACCAUUUGGUUACACAAAACUCUUUGAAAUUUCUGUCCAGUAUUCAAAUGUACUCAUUAAACUAGCAAAAGGCUAUCAAAA